AUGCUGAAAGAUGAUUUGAUCCAGCAGCGCGAACAAUACCUACCCGAUAUGAUUCAUGGGGACUUGGACUCGUUACGCGAUGAUGUACGUGAGUACUACGAAGCACGAGGUGUUCCUGUGUUACGAGACCGUGACCAGUACAGCACAGAUUUUGGAAAAUGCAUGCAAAAAAUUUCGUUGCGUAUUACUUCCUCGGCUGUGCAAGAUGUCAUUGUUCUUGGUACCUUGGGUGGGAGGGUUGACCAGGGCCUUGGACUCUUGAACGAAAUGUACAGGGAACAGACUCAACAUACCGACCUGCGUUUAUGGCUAUUCUCCGAGUCCAGUCUGAGUUUUGUGCUGAAGAGCGGAGAGACUCUGCUAAGAGGGAUCCAAGAAAGUGGCACUUUCACAGAGAACGUGGGGUUUCUUCCUAUAUAUGGGCCAGCGGUUAUCUCUACCGAAGGGCUAGAGUGGGAUGUCAAGGAGUGGGACACGCAAAUGGGUGGCCAGGUCAGUACGAGCAACCACGUUAAAGCGAACGAUGUAAGAGUCGAGACGGACGCGCCGAUACUGUUCACGAUAGAAACGGCGCCUUUGUGA